AUGCCGCUAGGACUCAAGGCUACAAUCACUUAUGCGGUAGUUGAUCGCGAUCGACUUGCCAAACAGCAGAUCGCACGUAGCGAAGAAAGCGAAGCAGGCUCGACUUCAAGCUUCCUCAAUAUGUCCAACUCGUCCACCACACCGCUGGAUCACCAACACUACCUGCUCGAGGAGAUAGCAGCAACUGCUUUCAAACCACUCGCUUCUUUCAUCAAAAUAGCGCAAAACAAGCUCAUUCCCAAAACAGAGAAUCUAGUGAAGGUGUUGGAGCAUCUGGGUGGGCCGCAGAAGGAUCUCAUUGCUGCGUUGUCGGAGUUGAAUGGCAUCAGAACACAUUUUGUCGCUCUGUGGCCGCAAGUAUACUUGACAAGCGCAAAACGUACGAGGACGUACUUUACCAACGGCGGUCUCGACUUUGUUGACUGCUUCAGCGACUCGCAAGACGCCUGUCUGCUCAACACUGAUUCGGACUACCAGCAGAUAGAUAGGGAUGUGCAGUAUUACUACCCUGGUCUAGAGAAUACCUGGCGCGCCAAGGUUCAGAUUUAUGAUCAGAGCGCUAGGACUACGAUUGGGUCGGGGAGUGUUGCGGCUUUUGGAGAAGUGAUCAUGCGAGCAGUGUAG